UUGACAACCAACCGGUGCUUGACAAACUUGUCACCAUCAUCAUAAUUUUUUUCUUAUUCAAUAAAAAAAAAAAAUUGAUAAAGAAAAAGAUAAUUAUUUUUUGUUGAAAACGAAAGAAAAAGAAAAUCAAUUAAAAAAAAAAAAAUACCAAACAUAUAAAAAAGCGCACAUUUCAACACGAUGGAUCAGUUAAUAAAUGCUGAUGUAGUUCUCUAUGGAAUUCUCAGUUUAAUUAUUUUGGAAAAUGCUCUGGAAAUUUACAUAUCAUCGCGUCAGGUAAAAGUAUACAAAACCACCCAAACCGUCCCAAAAGAACUCGAAAAUGUUAUGAAUGAAGAAACAUUCCACAAAGCCCGCUUGUACGGCCUCGACCGUGAACAAUUUGGAAUUUUCAAAGCCAUCCUCAUGGAUGUCAUGCUACUAACAUUGGAAUUGUAUUUUGGUUUUAUUGCAUUCCUCUGGAGUAAGGCUGAAUUGUUGGCAAUUCGAUUGACACUCGAUCCUAGCAGCGAAAUAAUUGUCAGUUGUUUAUUCUUGGCUAUUGUCAGUUCAAUAAGCAUGGUCAAAGAUAUGCCAUUUAAAGUUUAUAAGACUUUUGUGUUGGAAGAAAAGCACGGAUUUAAUAAACAAACUGCUAGAUUCUUUGUAAUUGAUCAAAUUAAAGGGUUCCUAGUUUCGCAAGUAAUUUCAACGCCAAUUGUUGCGGCAAUUAUUUUUAUUGUCCAACGAGGUGGAGAGCAUUUCUUCAUUUGGUUGUGGUUGUUUACAGGAAUUGUCUCACUUGUUUUACUUACAAUUCAUCCAAUAUUUAUUGCUCCUCUUUUUGAUAAAUAUACUCCACUUGAAGAUGGCCCGUUAAGGGAAUCCAUUGAAAAUCUUGCUGCUUCGUUGAAAUUCCCACUUACAAAGUUGUAUGUGGUUGAUGGGUCUAAGAGAAGUGCCCACAGCAAUGCCUAUUUCUAUGGAUUGUGGGGAUCCAAGAGAAUUGUCUUAUUCGAUACUUUACUCUUAAACAAGGGAAAGAAAGAUGAUUCAGAGUUAAAAGAGGAAGAACGUGGAAAAGGAUGCACAGAUGAGGAGGUUUUGGCUGUGCUUGGACAUGAACUUGGUCAUUGGAAGUUGGGUCAUGUCACCAAAAACAUCGUCAUCAUACAAGUUCAUUUGUUGCUUAUGUUUGCAACAUUUGGAUAUCUCUUUCAAUAUGGUCCAUUUUAUGAGGCAGUUGGAUUUGAAGCUGGACAGCGACCCAUUUUGGUUGGACUACUUGUCGUUAUGACUUAUGUAAUGGCACCUUAUAACGCUUUGAUUAACUUUGGAAUGACAAUGUUGUCACGUAAAUUUGAAUAUGAAGCUGAUGCAUUUGCUCAAAAACUUGGAUUCUCGGAAUUGUUGAGCAAAGCUUUGAUUAAAUUGAAUUUGGAUAAUUUGGGUUUCCCGGUUUACGAUUGGUUGUAUUCGUCGUGGAAUCAUUCACAUCCAACGCUGUUGCAACGUAUGGAUAGGCUGAAGGAAAUUGAAGAAGCAUCAAAGAAGACAAAUUAAAUUUAAAUUAAAAAAAAAAAAAAAAAAUAAUGAAAUAAGAAUUUUAAUUUCUCUCAAUGGAUGCAGGGUAAAUCACGCGUUUGUAACAUUGAACGCGGAUGCCAUAAGCUUCUUUUUUUUUUUGUCCGCUUUAGUUUUUAGAUUUAUAAAUCUUUGAUUUGAUUUUAUAAUAAUGAACAAAAAACAAACAAAUUUUUUUUUGUAUUUCCAUCCUUUUUUCGUCUUUUUGUCGAUCAAAUAUACUUUUAUAUUAUUUAUUGGCGAAAA